UUUUUUUCAGCAUUUGAGAUAUAACAUUUUCAGAUUUUAGGGGUUUUUGUUUUGUUGAGGCAGUCUUGUUAUGUAGCCUGGGCUAGCCUGAUACUAUUAGCCUGCAGUAACCCUGUCUCAGCCUUCCCAAGGGCUGGCAGUAUAGGUCUUUGUCAUUAUGACCAGUUUUGGUUUUGUUUGAGUGUAAUUUUGAGACAGAACCUCCCUGUAUAGCGCUGGUUGAAAUGCACACCUGUGCCAUGUUAUUGCCAAACCUGUGGAGCUCUGCUUCUGCCUCGUAAGCGGAGUGACAAGCACUUCUUGUCGUGCCUGGGAUAGACUGCGCAUGUGUGUGUUAGCUCACAGACCUUUCCUCUGGGUGCUCUUGUAGAGGACUUACAGGAGUUAGGUCCAGAGGGGCAUGUCUGUGAUUUCAGCAUUUACCAGCCUGUUCCACGGGGCAGCGAGUGAGACCUUAUCUCACAAAAUCGAAGGGAACAAGGAAGGAAGGAAGGAAGGAGAGAACAAGCCUGCAAGCGGGCCAGUAAGUCGGCUCAGGUGCUCAGGACAGUUGCUGCACCUGACAGCCUGAGUUCCAGCUCUAGAACCCACGUGGUGGAAGAACAACCUCCUACCAGCUGUCCGCAGGCCUCCGCAUGCACGCUAUGACCUGCAUGUGUUUAUACACGCACUAGGUUUUUUGUUUUUAAGAAGUAAGACUUAAGGGUGGUGCUGAAGAAAUUGGUGGGUGUAUUAGAGUGAGGAAAGCCCUAGAGUGGCUGAGAGGGAGGAACAUUUCUGUCCUAGGCUGACUAUGAACAAGCUCUUCGUUGUGUUUCACAUAGCUAAGUACGCUGAGUUUGAACACAGCUUAAACCUGAACUCUCCUACUCAGUUGAGACCUCGUGUGAACUCCUUACUGCAACAGGGUCUUUCUGAAUCUGACAUAGGGACUUGUCAGUUUUCUACUUCUGUGACAAAAUACUUGUGAUAAUUCAAAAGACAGGUUCACCUGGGCUCCUGGCAGAGCCUUCUUUCUGUGUGUGGUCAUUUGGCCUUGCUGCUCUAGACUGUGCGGCAGCAAAUGGAGGAAGAGCGUGGAAAGAGACAGGAAGGGCCCAGAGUCCCACUGUCCCCCUUAAGAGCAUGUCCCCAGUGGCCUAACUUCCACUAAGCCCUCGGCCUACUGCCUCCCAAUUAGUCCUCAAACUGGAACCAAGCCUUUUACACAGGCCUUUGAGGGACACUUACACAAACCAUAGCAGAAUCUGGAUAUUUGCUCAUCAGGGUUUAGGAAAGAGGGCACAAAAAAGAUGAUCCAUGCCAGAGAAUCCUUCCCAACCCAUCAGACUCGGACCCAGCGUGAGUUCCUCCUCUCCAAAAAGACCACGGAGCUCCCGGGCUUCACCCUGCAAGGCUACCACAAGCUGGCCCUGAAGCAGCCACCAUGCACAGAGAUGAAGUCUAAGGUGCGUCGCCGGGCCCUCUGUCCUUGGAAGGACGAAGCCGAGCACACCUGGGGCUUUCACACAUGGCUUGAUGUGGGACGUUUGCCUGCUACCUUCCCCACCAGACCAGAUGUACCCUAUGACAGCAAUGUCUGGCGAUAUUUGACUCACUCCAAUGCCCACUGCCUCCCUGCUACACAGCCCGGCAUCCCCCCGCCCUCCUGGAUGGGCCCACACAGCUUCCUGUCCUUCAUCAAUGCUACCCCCAUGUUUGUGGACAUGCACAGAAAGAAGCAGAUAAUUGCGAGAACAGUGAAAGAGCUGAAGGAAGUGGAGAAACUCAAGCUUAGGAGCGAAUUAAGGGCUCCUCCACUGGAUGCUGAAGGCAAUAUCCUACCUCCACCAAACUUCAAGAAGUCCCAGUACAUAUCUACUGGUGGAAGGCUUGUGCCUUGGGGCCUCCAGUUCCUACCCAACCCAGUUCCCAGUAAUUUCUGCAAGAGAUGGCCCUGCCCAAAUAUUCAGCCUCAUUACCAGGAAAAGGUCCUGAAACUGGCUCGGCUGCCCACCGUGCCCCUGAGUGAAGACCUUGUGAAGGACUACCAAACCCUGAUUAAAGACCGGCUGGCUAUGCCCGUCCACUACCUAUCUAAGGCAGGACCUGCUAAAACAUCAGAGGGAAGGAGGAAGAGGACACCUGGACAUGUCUAAGAGAAGACCAUAGUGGGCUUUAGGGUGUGCAGCUUAGCCUUCUCAGCAAGAGACCCCAGGAGACUGAGGACUUGGGCCUACAGAAUGACCUUUCAGCCAUCCUCUGGCCUCAUGCCACCUCUGUAGCAGGCUUCUGGAGACAUUACUGAAGCUUGAA